CGUCACAGGGCCGGAAAUGGUGUUCGAGCAACAUGGUGCGAAACGUGAUGUUUCCAGCAGCAGCGUAAACAAAGUGUUCAAGGCUGAAUGGAAGCGAAUUGCGAUGUUAUUGUGUCUUAAACUAGAGAUUUAGGUUUUAACUACCUUGAUUUAUUUAUUACGCGCACGCGGGAAUCUUUUUAAAGUGGAUUUAUGAGUAAAAAUCGGCUCCUGAAAUGUCCAAACCCGCGGUGUUAUCGCUCCAUCAGGCGCUGAGGAAAAGCUUCAAGACUGUGGAGACCAAUCAGAAAGUAUGGAGGAGCGCGGUGGCCGAGUGCGACCCCCUGAUGGUGUCUCUGGGGAAUCUGGCGGAGCAGAGCAGCGCCUUGUCCCGCAUCCACAUCCCGGACACGCCGCUCAGACACUUCCCCGACCUGGAGGAUCGUCUGAGGUUCAAACUGUCCCUGGCCACAGACACGGUCCUGCUCCGACUCCACGAGAAGAUGUCCUCUCUCCAGUCUGCUCGAGAUGCCAUCAGCAACCAGGUCGUUACGGUCCUCCAACUUUACGAGCAGAACGCAGACAGCCUGGAUGUUGUCACUGUAACCGAGCGCUCGACAAUCACCCCGUCUAUCGCUGACAUGCUGGAGUGGCUGCAGGAUGCUGAGCGUCACUAUCGGCAACAAUUCCUGAGGAGGAAAACACUUCUUCAGAUGCUGAGAGCCGAAAAUCUCUCUCUUUUAGAAUCUGCUCCCACGAGAUGGAAAUCGCUGGAGUCUCCAAGUGCAGAAGACUGCAUCACAGAUUUACUUUGCAAAGUGUCCUUCUUUGUGGAUUCUGAGUGAGGACAUUAAUUAAGUGGAACUCUGAGCAGCUCUGGAAUUUGGAACAGAACUUCCUAAAUGCACGUGUUCAGAUUGGAUGAAUGUUCGUCUGAUAGACGUCCUCAGAUCUGUUCGAAGAUGGAAAGUAUCUGCUAGCACCAGACUGUAAACACCUUCAAGUAGUACCGCAAGAUGAAGGGGAGAAAAACCACAGAUCAGGACACUGCGGCACCAUUUCAUACUGAGAUAUGAAAAUGACUCUCUAUAUCGUCUGUGAUGGCAAAAAUGACCCAAAGCAAAGAUUUUUUUCAGGGAAAUCCAGCACGCACAAAUCACACUUUACCAAACUCAUUUUAUUUCACAUUUUGGAUGUUUGCAAACUGUCAAGGCUUUAUGUGUCAGAUGUAGAGGUAAUGACAUUGUCAAAGAAUAAAUAAGAAAUCACUGCAUUCUUCACAACACAGCCAUC